AAUACUAUGAUUGAAGCCUCAACUGUAGUGAUAUUUGUGUCUGCAUCAAUUAUUGCAUAAAUGCUAAAUUUUUUAAGUCCGUCUCUGCACGUCUCUAAACACAACAAAACGAUAAAAAGUGUUCAGACUAUCACCAUUUAAGGCUGUAAACAUAAUUUAUUUUGUUUACAGCCUUAAAUCUUAAAAUGUAACCUGAGAGACAUGAGAAGCCAGAGCAAAAAGCUUUAUAUAAGUUUUAUGGAAGCUUUUUUCUAUUGUCCUUAUGAACAAACGUUCUGUUAAAACCUGUUGUGGCAGAACAUUUACAGGAACAGUUCUUAUUAUGCAAUGAAUCUAUGUGGAAUGCCUGAAACAUCCCCUCCUCCCACCAGAUACACUCACACACACACACACGCACACACACACACACCCACGCACACACACACACACACAGCGACACAAAGUCUUACAGCUGGGUUCGCCCUCAGUGGCUACUUCCUGUCUCCGGAAAAAAUAACUGCUCACAGGCUUAUAAGACUGAACACGUUAUUUGAUGUCCAGGUUUUCUGCUCCUGCUUACUACAUGAUGUCAAGAACCACCGUGGUGAAGAAAUAACAUCAUGGGGAACCAAUGCUGUGCCACCAGGAGGGAUAAGGAAAUGAGAAAAGGAAUCCGUAAAACUGAUAAAAGGAAUGACGACUCUGACAAAGAGAAAAGUGGAGACACUCACUCAGCUGCACAGCCAUCGCAUUUAGAGGAUGUGAAAGAUGAAACGCAAACAUCGAUGGGAGAGACUUCAUGUAGUCAAGCAGGACAGAUGUCUAUUGAGACAAGGGACUCUACUGAGAAAGUUAUCAGUGAGGCAAAUGAUACAUCUUAUAAAGUUCACAAUCCAAGCUCAUCCAGACUUGUAUCAGAUGUGGAGAAAGCAACUUGGGUGGACAGUAACAUGCCAGAGCUUAUUCAGAGUGUAGUUCGAGUGAUGGCCAUAGCUGACAAGAUUCUCAAGUUGAAGAUAAUCCACCAGGAGACGUUUGACCAAAUCGAAGCCUGUCCUGUGAACCAGGAUCGAAUGAGAAAACUCUUUAGAGCACUUAAUUCUACGAAGGCAAAAGCAGCUUUCUACGACAUCCUUGGAGAAAUUCAACCUGAGACUUGUGAAACUGCAGAUAUCAACGAUGUCAUCAACAAUAACAAAGAAUACUUGAGGAAAAAGUGCAAAUGGGAGUUGGAAGGCAUUGAAAAAAAUAACAAUAAAACUAAGUCAUUGUACCAAAUCUAUACGGAGCUUCACAUUGUUCAAGGAGAAAAUGAACAUGUCAAUAAGCAACAUGAGAUUUGGGAGAUUGAAGACAAGUUUAGAACUCAAGCAACAGAAGGAAUUAAGAUAAACUGCAACAAUAUCUUUCAAAGCGCACCAGAAAUGAGAGCUAUUAGAACAGUGAUGACCAAGGGAAUUGCUGGAAUCGGUAAAACUGUGUCUGUAAAAAAAUUCAUUCUUGACUGGGCAGACGGAAAAGCAAAUCCAGACCUGGACUUCAUCUUCAUGAUUCCAUUCAGGGAGCUCAAUUUGGUCAAAGACGAGUUCAGCCUUGAGACUCUUGUUAAAGAAUUCCAUCCUAUACUCAAGAACAUAGCAGUCAAUUCAAUAUUUACUAAUUACAAAGUUUUGUUCAUUUUUGAUGGCCUUGAUGAAAGUCAACUUACACUGGACUUUAAAGAAACUAAAAGAUUGACAGACCCAACAAAGGAAUCAUCUGUAGACAUCCUGGUGACUAAUCUGAUUAGGGAACAUCUUCUGCCCUCUGCGCUUGUCUGGAUAACUUCAAGACCAGGAGCUGUUCUGCGCAUCCCCAAAGAACAUGUCUAUCAAUGGACAGAAGUCAAAGGUUUUAAUGAUCCACAGAAAAUACUGUACUUCAGGAAUAGAGUUCAGAACAAAAUGGUCGCUGAAAAGAUAAUUGAUCAUAUUAAGACGUCACGGAGCUUAUUUAUCAUGUGCCACAUACCCAUCUUCUGUUGGAUUGCCUCAGAGGUUCUUGAGUUCUUGCUUUUAAAAACAGACAACAGUCGAGAGAAAACCACUAAGAUUCCCACAACUCUUAUUGAAAUGUACACACAUUUCUUUUGUAUUCAGAUAAGGAUCGCUGUUGAGAAAUACGACAAGAAAAUCGAGUCAGAUAUCUCUGAAAUCUUCAGAUUGAAUGAAGAUUUCAUCUUCAAACUGGGCAGAAUGGCAUUUGAAAAACUGAACAAAGGGGAAAUUAUAUUCAGCAGUGAUGAUCUAAAAAGUUAUGGCAUUGACAUAGAGAAAGCUGGAGUCAACUGUGGGUUGUGUACCACAAUAUUCAAAGAAGAGAGCAUCUUUCACUCAAAGGAGCUUUACUGCUUUGUGCAUUUGACAAUUCAGGAGUACUUUGCUGCCCUCUUUGUGUACAGAAGCUUUGCGAGUAAAACGAUUGAUUCUCAAAGCCUCAAAGAUUUCCUUCUGAUAGGAUCUGAGGAAGAGCUGAAGACAAUCUUGGAUGUUCACCCAGUUGAUCUCCCUUUGGAUGAGCUAAUGGAAAUUGCGAUAGCUAAUUCAACUUUGAGAAAGACAGGAGAACUGGACAUGUUUCUAAGGUUCCUCAUUGGCAUGUCCUUAGAGUCGAUACAAAAACAGCUUCCAGGGCUCAUUCAGCAAACAGAGAAACACUCUGAAACUGUUGAGAAGAUCAUGACAAGCAUAACAGCAAUUGAUCUUAUGGACUGCUCUCCAGACAGAUGUUUGAACCUUGUUCACUGUUUGUCUGAACUGAAAGAUGAUUCCCUGUAUGACAGCGUGAGACAGUUUCUGAAUCCUAAUCAGUACCCAGAAACACAGCUCACCCCUGUUCAGUGUUCAGCUUUGGCUGACUUAAUGCUAAUGUCAGCAACACCUAUUGAGGAAUUUGACCUGACGAAAUACACAACAAAAGAAAAGGGCAUUUUCAGGAUUGUCCCAGCUGUGAGGAACUGUAGAAAGGUCAGAAUAUCAGGUGCGAAUCUUAAUCUCUGGAUUUGUGAAACAAUUUCUUCGGCUCUGUGGAGUCCACGCUCUCCACUAACUGAACUGCAUCUUGUACAUAUAAGUUUUUAUGAUAAAUGUGCUAAUGUUCUGAUUGAUGGACUGAAAAACUCUCCAUGUAAACUGGAGGCUCUCAGUCUUUCAGGAAAUGGACCCUCAAUAUCAAAGGCAGAAGAGUUGGCCUCGGCUGUAACAUCAGUAAUCUCCAACAUAAGAGAACUGGAACUGAGUGAAAACAUACUGGAACAAUCAUUACUGCCGGUGAUCUCUGAGGCGCUUCAGUGCCAAAAAUUGGAGAAGCUCAGGUUGAACAGAAAUGGUCAGAUUAAAAAAAUCUGCAAUGAGAUAGGGAAGGCCUUCACAACCAACUCGACAAAUCUGAGAGAACUAGAACUGAAUUGCGUCAAUUUUGCCGACUCAGAACUUGAGAUCAUAUCAUCGUCAUUAAUGAGCACAAGCUGUGGACUGGAGACCCUGAGACUCAGUCACAACAAGUUGACUGCAAGAGGUUGUGAGACCCUGGCUUUGGCACUCAGUUCCAGACCUACGCCUUUAAGAGAGCUGGACUUGAGCUACAAUGACCUGCAAGAUUCUGGAGUAGAGAAACUCUGUAGUGCACUGACAAGUUCACAUUGUGGUUUAGAGAUAUUAAGGCUAUCUUUCUGUAAAGUGACAGAAGAUGGAUGUUCCUCCAUGGCAAAGGCUCUGAUGUCCGACUACUGCAACCUCAGGGAGUUGGACCUAAGCUUUAAUCACCUGACAAAUCAAGGAAUCAAAACCCUGACUGAGAAACAGAGAAACUCAGACUGCAGACUAGAAAAUCUUAAUGUGGAACAUAAUGAAGAAUGCUGGGUUAACCAUAAACUACUGCGAAGGUAUGCCUGUGAUCUGACGCUGGAUGAAAACACUGCUGGGAGAAAAAUCUCUUUGACCCAAGACAAGAAACAAGCACAUUUUGGUGAUGAUGAGCAACAUUAUCCUGAUCAUCCAGACAGAUUUGAUUCUCCACAAGUUCUUUGUAAAGAGGGUCUGACAAAGCGCCAUUAUUGGGAGGUUGAGUUUGACCCUUUAGCAGACGGUGAGGUGGGAGUGGCAUACAAAAGUAUCGCCCGGAGUGGAGACGAUGGUAGUGAGUCUUCUUUAGGAAGGAAUGAGAAAUCUUGGUGCUGGACCACAGAUGGAACUUUUUUACAUAAUGGUUCCACUGAAUGGUUUUUGAUUGAGUUUAAAACACGGAACCUUGGAGUGUAUUUGGACUGGCCAGCAGGUAUUUUGUCCUUUUUUGAAGUGUCUCCAGAUAAAUUGACUCACCUGCACACAGUACGCACAACUUUUGCUGAACCACUCUGUCCUGGUUUUGGUUUGACAUAUGGAUUGAUGUACAUAAAAGAAAUAGAAAUGGAGUAAAGAAUGACCAUUUGGUUAAAUAAGGUUGCUGUGAAGCAUAGACAAUGCAUGAAACUACGCAGUACAAGAAUGCUUUUACUCAGUUUCGACAACCGCUAGUUCACCUUUAAUGACUGGUGUGCGUACAGGAUCAUUAAUGUCAGAGCAUAGACACUCCUCCUGACUGACUGGUUGCUUUGGUUUGGAAGUUGUGUAUUUUUCUAAAUGCUGUUAGGGGCACAGGAAAGAGGCAGUGGGACUUAUUCUUUUUCACAGAUUAGCUCUCAUAUUCUACUUUCAGGAUAUAAUGAGAUUUUUAAACAUAAAAGUAAUAUAUCUUCAAAACAGUUGCAUACUGCAGCAUGAAGAAUUGAGCUGCAGUGCAGAGAAGAAGACAGGUUUGGUAAAUAUAGUAAACAUAUCUUGCUUGUUGACUUAGAAUAUUCAGAAAGCCAAACUUGUCUGACUUGGUGUAUGCAUUGGGUUCCUGGAGCAGAUGACUUUGCACAUAACAGUGAAACAUGUGACAUUUGUUUAGUACUUUGACAGCUGUUUUUGAAUAGAAAGAAUGUAAGGCAUUUUGCAUUAUUAAAAGGCAUUUCAUUCCUAUUAUAACAAUGAUGUAUGUCAAUAUUGCAUAAAUAAGCAACUCAUACUUGGAGGAUGAGGUAAUAUUAGACCUUUAAGGCUUAUAAAUCUCCCAAUUCAUCAAUAGAUUUCUGCUGAUUCCAUCUUACUGUCGUUACCACACUCAUUCACUGUCAUUCAUCUUGAACAAAAAGAGGAAAAAAGUGAGUCAAAUUUUCCUUUUUGUAUAAAGAGAGAGCCAGCGCAGGAGAUAAGAACAUAAUGACUGAAAUAUCUAAGACAGCAAUGCUUCAGUCGUCUAUUCAUUAACCUGUUUUAACCUGUUUGUGCAUCCCAAAUGUUAAAACCUUUGAUGUAAGAAAAACCUAUCUCACUUUAUUCUUUAAAAGGUCAACGUACAAUAGAAGCUGUAGAUAAAUGCAACUCUAACAAUUUGUUCUUCUCACCUGAUUUUGUAACACGUGUGAGAGACAGUCUGUGCUGCCAUCUAGUGGUUAGACAGUUAAAAAGCCAGAAUAACAGAAUGAGCUAUGUUGAUUAAUUGUACCACACUGGUUUUUACCUGGGCGUACAUAAGAAAUUUUUUUUAUUUUAGACGUGUAAUCAAAACAUCUCAGCACAAUGGGUUUGAGAGAGAUCUUUUCAUAAACUGGACAUACAUUAGUGAUAAUCAAGAGGCUAAUCAUUACAAAUAUCUUCUUUGCUGUGCCAUUAAUAUUUCCUCUACUGACCUUUUGUCCUCUAAGACAUUAGGGUCAGUUUCAACAACAGUAAUGCCACAUUUGCAUUGGUUGCAUUCGUGUAACCUGGCAGCUUUAGAGUAAACUCAAACUUAAUGUGACCUUUUACUGACCUUUUGGUUGACCCAGUGCAAAGGGGAGUUUGCAGAGUUGGCCUUAAACUAAUCCCUGCAACUUAAUUUUAAACAUUUAAAUGCCAAAAUAGAUGCAUUAAAGCACUUACUUAUGUUUCAGUAUUAAAAAUCUACAUGCUUAUGGAUGAACAGGAUCAGAUGACUAAAAGAACAUUACAUUGCAGCAACGAUCAAAUCCCUUCUCUGGGUGGAGAGGAGCAAAAGAUGGGUUUUAUGAUGUUUUUCUUUUUUUUACAGCAUAACUAUGCUUCUUUGCUAAAGUUUUUUUUUCUGAAUGCUUAAACGUUUGUGCUUGUCUUUUAAAGUUUCCUUCCAAGUCCAAAAAUCCAUUUAUAAAAUGAAUAAAUGUGAAUAAAUAGUAACCAGCGGACACCCACUGGCUCAAUGUGCUUUAAUAUCCAUACAGAUCAAGAUUCCUUGAUGGUGUUUUUUUGAAAAAGUUAUAAAAGACCUAUUGACUAUCACAAUUUCCUCUAAGUCAGGGGUCAUUUUAAUUCAGUUUCAGUGCUUAACUACUAUGAAAUUGUCAUAAAUUGGGUCUUUGAUUGUCCCAAUAGUUGCUCUGCACUUUCCUCUCAUUGUACAAAAUUGGAAUUUAUUAGGAUUUAAUUUAGAUUAUAUAUAUAUGUGUGUGUGUGUGUGUGUGCGUGUGUGUGUGCGCGUGUGUGUGUGUGUGUGUGUAAUCUCUUUUUAUGUUGCUUGUGUAAGUUGAUAUCUGACUGAACUGCAGAAAAUCAAGAGCUAUUCCUGGCUCUGAAAAUAUUAGAUUAUUCAAAAACAAUGAAAACAGUCAUUCAUUCCAGGACAAGUCCAGGACAAAUUUACAUGUGAGAUGUAACCAUGUUGGGUCAAAUGUUCCAUCUGCAGGAUUGGCUCCCUUACAAUUAUACAGCAGAGACUUAAUGUAAUAUGGAGAGGUACUACCGUAAUUAUAAACAUUUUCAGAAACAAAUGAUCUAUUCUUCUUUCUUUUUAAUUUAUGGUUGGCAGCACAGUUAACUGUGUUUUCUAUUCAGAAGUCUAUUGGUGGGUACAAAAACCUUCUUUUUAUAAGUGCCUUCAUUUUAUUAUUUAAAUAAAAUGAAGGCAUCUUUUCAUUUCUCAGUGGGCUCAUAUUUACGUAAGAUUUUCAUAUGAUCCUUUUUGCGGGGUUCUAAAUAAAGGCUACAAAAAACAUGGGGAACGGUGUGCGAUAAUGGCUGGGACAUGAAUGACGCUCAGGUGGUCUGCAGACAGCUGGGUUGUGGUACAGCGCUGGCUGCUCCUCACUCUGCCUACUUUGGAAAAGGAAUGGAUAAAAUCUGGGUUGAUAAUGUGAACUGUACAGGGAUGGAAACAUACCUAACUGAAUGUCCAUUUAGUGGAUUCCAAACAUACUGCCGUAGCCACAGUCAGGAUGCAGGAGUCAUCUGUUCAGGUAAGGAAAUGCUCUCAAUUGUUACUUUAGCAUGCUUUAGACAUCCACAGUUUUUGCCCAAAACCAUUAUACAUUUUGUCCAAUUCUAGUUUUCUUUUAAAUAUAGUAAGAGAGAGAUUGACUUAGAGUUAUUGUUAGGCAAAAGCCUUUUCCCCCCAUUUUUUGAAGAGACAUUUCAAAUACAUCUUUUCACCAAGUUUCUAAAGGUUCUAUUCAGUGCUGAACAUGGAAGACGUUGACACUUCUGGUGUUUUAUGAAGGCAUUCUUACAAAAAGGAAAAUAUUCCUGCAUAAUAAGAUUUUUUUUUGAUCAAAUGGAAGCAUCAAACACUCCCUCUUGACUUGUUUAAGCAUUAUUGUCAGAAUGUAAAAAAAAAAAAAAAGGGGGGUAAACAAUUAGACUUCUUUAAUCUACUUCUCAUUUUAUAAACCCUUUUUGUGAUUAAUAUAAGUAAUUGCUGGGGACCUGUCCACUGUAUGAUUAUACUCACACACAUUUUCUAAGUAUUUGCUGUUUUCAGCUUUCAAAUAUCCCACAUAAUUAUGUUCUCUGUUGUUUAGCUGGUGUACUAAGAUUAGUCGGACUGAACAGGUGCUCUGGAAGAGUUGAAAUCUACAACAAUGGAUCCUGGGCAACAGUCUGCAAUGUGAGCAAAGACUUCAAUGAUGGCAGAGUAAUAUGCAGACAGCUGGGUUGUGGUACAGCACUGGGUCUCCUUCACUUUGGAGAGGGAGCAGGGCAAAUCUGGCUGGAUGAUGUGACCUGUACAGGAAGUGAAAGAAAUUUCUAUGAGUGUUUGCAAAGUAGAUUUGUGAGACAAGACUGUGCGCAUAGUGAGGACCUUGGUGUCAUCUGUUCGGGUAAGUGAGCAUAGUAAUUUAAAACAGAUUUCCAAUUCGUACAAACUGAUUUAAGGAGUGCUGACUUUGCACAAGAUGCACGUGUUAAAUCUACUAUCCUUGCUUUCAGUUUGUAAAACAACCCCUUAUAACACAGAGCUUCAUGCUACACAUUUUCCCCCCAGGCCUAAUGAAACCCACAAUCACAAUAAAUCCUCGAAGUAACAUUGCCGUUGGUCAGAAUGUCAACAUCACUUGUUUGGUCCCCAAUGGACAAGUAGGAGGAACAUUCAUCUUCAAUCGGACCUCGGACAGAUUUGGUCAGACUGUAGAGUCGAACAGCAACUCUGGAACAUUUUACAUCCCUCAAAUUGGUUUUGAGCAUGAGGGAACAUAUCAGUGUCAGUUUCACACAAGAGUUUCUAGUGAGGACUUCAGCACAGACAU